AUGCGGCUGCCCGCCCUCGAUGACGCGCUCUCCACCUUCCUCGAGCGGCACGCGGCCGGCCUCCUCCGCGACACUGUGGUGAUGCUCCUGUCGGACCACGGCACGCACGGCAUCUGGUACAACGACUACGAGAUCGGCGCCGCCGAGCACAAGCUGCCUGUCCUCUACGUCCUCGCGCCCGACUGGCUGAUGCGCGAGCGGCCCGCCUGGCAGGCCGCUCUCCGCGCGAAUACGCGGCGAAUGGUGACCGUGCGUGAGCUCUACCAUGCAAUAGUCCAGCUCGCAGCGUAUCCGAACACCGCCUCGCUAGAGGCCGGAGCGCUAUCCAUCCUCGACCCGCUCCCCGAGCACCGCACUUGCGCGGAGGCGGGUGUGCCGGAGGAGUUUUGCGCCUGCCGUCGGGUGGCUGCGCAAGCAAUCGCGUAA